AUGUCGACGAACCUCUUGCGUGACCUGGCGCAGAUGGCGCCGCCGGACGAGCAUCCACAGCUGCUUCAGCAGCUCGCCACUGCUCUCCGCCAGGGCUCGGACGAGCCAUACUCCCGCACUGCCUCUUCAAUCUGUCCCUGUGGGGUUCUCCAUAUCUUCGUGAAUCAUGACGAGAUGGAGCAGGGCAUGGCGGAAGUGCGGGCGAAAAAGGACGCCAACGACGCUGUGCUCCGGAUCAUGCAGGAGGAGGAACCGCGGUACCGUGCUGAGCUCUACGAGGUGCAACGGCGACGCGCCGAGCAGAAGAGGAUCCUCGCGGACCUGGAUGAGCAGAAGAGAAUCCUUGCGGAGGGGGAGAAUGAACUGAAGAGUAAAAUCGCCGAGAUGGAGAGAAUUAUUGCUGAGAGGCAAAAAUCUCGGGCUGAACAGUUGAGAUUACGGGCUGAAGAAGAUAGGAUUACGGGAGAACGAUCCGCCGCUUGGGCUACAAGGAUCAAGAGACUGGAAGCAUGGAAUGCCGCUUUGGCUGCUCAGCUCAGGGAGAUGAGCGCGGAGAAGGCCGCGUCGGCUGCAGGAGCAGCAGACUGAGAGGUGGAGGCGGUUCGCGUCAGGCUUGA